AUGGCAAGAAAUUAAUAAAAAUAAGUAAUUAAAAAAAAAUAAUACCUACUUCUUAAAAAGCGCCUUAAAAAAUUAAAACUUAAAUCUCUUUUUUCUAAAAAACCUAAAAAUCAUGUUAAACUUAAUUAAUAAGAAGACGAAAGAAUAGAAGAAAUCGAUUAAAGUUCAUAACAAGAGGAGUUAUAAUAAAAACUAUAGGAAUAACUAUAGAAAGAAUUACAUGAAGAAGAAUAAGAAUCUACAGAAUAAUAAUCCGAAAUAAUAGUACCUUUAAAUGAUGAAGAUUUUCAAAAUUCAGAAUAGCAUGAAGAAGAAGAAGAACUAGAAGUAGAAUAAGAGAAUGAACAAGAAGAUGAAAAAUAAAUAAUAAAUAAACACCAUUUAAUAAAAAACUGGGAGCCCAUUUUUACAUAACCAAGCAUAUAUACAGGAGGAAGAAUUCAAAUAUCUUAAAACGAAGAAUUUAUAGUAUCUAUAUGCAAUUUUAAAAUAAUGAUAACAGAUAUAAAAACAAGAAAAAUAACAAACCAAAUAGAACAUGUAAAAUAUAAUUUAAAUGACAAAUAAAAAAAUUAAAAAAUUAAAAGCAUGAAGAAGAAUUAUGUAAUUUUGCAUUACACCCAUCAUAUAAAUAUAUAGCGACAUUUACAAGAAAUAAUACAAUAAGAUUUUUAGCAUUAGAAACGAAAUAAAUUAUUCAUUACUGGAAAGUUGGUGAUUAAUGGGCUAUAGAUAUGACUUUUGAUAAUUCAGGUUAAUUUUUAGCUAUAGGAUUUGUUGAUGGUUUUAUUAAAAUAUAUGACGUCAAUCGUGGAAUAUUAACACAUUCAUAUAAAGUGCAUAAGGGUUCUAUAACAAAACUUGUUUUCCAUCCACAGAGUCAAAAACUACAUUUGUUAAGUGUUGGAGAAGAUUAUGCAAUAAGAAUAUAUGAUAUGGUAGUUUCUACAGUACUAAAAUCUAUAAUUGCCCAUGAAAACUAAAUAACUUAAAUAAUUUUUACUGAAAAUGGAACAAACUUAAUAACUAUAAGCUCUGACGGGAAAAUAUACAUUUGGGAUUAUAAUAAUAUUUAAAAAUAAUCAGAAAUAUAAGUAGAUGAUGAAAUCGAAGCUGCAGUUUAUUUCAGAAUAAAAACGAAAAAAAAAGUCUGAAAAAAUUUGAGUUUUAAUAAUAUUUGGCUAUUGCAAAUUAAGAAGGAUGUUUAAAAUUAAUUGAUAUUUCUUCUAAU